AAUUAAGAACGAUAUCAGAAUGCCGGAAAUUUACCGUGGUGAACUAAUUAGUCAGUGAUAAAAAUUAUCUUUCACCAACAACACUUUUUAUCUGAAAACCGAGGAAAAGCGAGGAAAGCUGAGGAAAAAAAUAAUAGAAAUAAUUAGGAAAGAAAGAAUUAGAAAUAAUUAUACUGAAAGUAUUUGAGUCAAGAAACAGAAAAAAGAAGCAACAAACACGGAUGAAGAACAAGUGAAAUUAGCAUAAUCAAAAUAUAAAAUUCUUGCUGAUUACAUCAUACAUAGCCUAAUCACGAAUGGGAUAAAUUUUUGCCAAAAAAGACACCAUAGAAAGCGAAGAAAAAAAAAAUAGGACGACAUUUAACAGAAACUGAAGACAAAUAAAAUUCUAAAAGUAGCAAAAAGAUAAAGAAAAAAAAUUGCGAUCAAGAUUGCAAUAAUUAGGACGAGAAGAUCCCGGCUCAAGUUGCGAGCGAAUAGAAGCAGAAAGAACCGAAGAAGACUGAUGAAGUGAAGAAACCAAAAGAAGAAAAGGAAAGCGAAAGGAAACGAAGCGCAAGAAAUCCGACAGACAGAUGAAAAUAAUUCGAAGUGGCGAUUAAAAUCGCAAAAGGCAGCAAUGAACGCGCGUUUGCGUCACUUGGACGAAAAAGAAGACGAGGGUGGCGAAGGCGAAGCGAGAUCGAAGGGAGGAAGCCUCAUCCUCGACGACGACGUCGACCUCGAUGAGCGUCAGACGACGAGGAGACGAGACGAGAGGAUGAAUAAUUUUCCGAGCAAUCCGAAUCGAUGGAUCUCGCACAGCAAUAUUUGCGCCGCACCCUGUCCGAACGUGACGUCACACGGCGGCGAUAGACCGCGGUCUUACGAUAUCGGAACGACACCUCGCACGAUCACGAGAUGCGCCACGUAUGCACCGGAUGCUAGUUGCAACGUGGCGUGCAGCGCUGUACCAGCGACGAUAUGCAACAUCGCGAGUGGCGAAUCGAUGACGUCGGGUCCGAUCGACGUCGAGGAUCUCGCGAUGUAUCUCGAUCCCUGCAAAGCGCCCUCGACGACGAUCAAUAAUCGCGCGGUCUACCCGAAGAGGUACGGCCCGCAGGGUUUACGGAUAGAUCAAGUCCCGCGGCAUGAAGAUCCAUCUCAUCGCUAUCUGGAUUUCUGCAAUCCACGCCCUCGCGUAGCCGCUCCGGGGUGCAACGAUUUACGAGGGUGCGAGCUGGAUCCGGUUGUCGCCGAUAAUAAUCCGGCUCGCGAUCUCGGAGAUAAUACGGGGAAUCUGACGUAUCGUGAUUUGGGAUUCGACGAGCCGCGAUCUUGCUAUCUGAGAUCGAACGAGACUCCGCAGCUUUACGAGGUCCUACCCUCGCGCGAAAUUGGGCGGAACGACGAUCCAAAGUGGCCGAGCGACUGGUUCGGCGACGACUGCCCGGAACUGCUGUUCGAUUUCUGCAGCGAGGAACGCUGGCUGCGCUGCCCGGCGAGCGACCGCUGCCCCUUUUACGAACCCUCGUACCCUCACGGCGGCACCCCCAUCGUUCUGCCGCCGUGCCUGUACGAAGGUUACAGCGCAGCCGACUGGCGUUACGACUACGCGGAGGACGAGCGGCUUCUCGAGGAUUACUUGAGUAACGAGAAGAGGAAGGAGAGAUCUCGCGAUGCAGCGCGUUGCAGACGCAGCAAGGAGACCGACAUCUUUGUUGAACUUGCGGGUGCACUUCCGGUCACGGCGGAACAGGCGACGCACUUAGAUAAAGCCAGCGUGAUGAGGUUGGCGAUUGCCUAUCUUAAAGUCCGGUCCAUUGUGGAUUCCAUUCCAGCUUCGCUGGAAAAGUCCGAGUUGACCGCAGAGAUAGAUGCACUGUUUCCAAAAGCUCUCAAUGGCUUUAUGUUAGUACUCUCCAGUGAUGGCAAUAUGAUCUACCUAUCCGAGAAUGUCAGCGAUUAUCUCGGAGUGUCGCAAAUGGACAUGAUGGGGCAAAGUGUGUACGAAUACAGUCAUCCCUGCGACCAUAACGAAUUGCGCGAGUGCCUCUCUUCAAAACCAACGGAUAAAAGUGAAAAACGUGCCUGCAGCUUCUUCUUGCGGCUCAAGUGUACCCUCACUAACAAGGGUAGGAAGGUCAAUUUGAAGAGCGCCUCCUAUAAAGUGAUUCACUGCACCGGCAGACUAACAAACAUCAGCAAUUUAAACUCAAAUUCUAAGGAGGUUCAUAAUGAUGAACGAAAAAAAGAGGACGAUUCCACGGAACACGACACCGGCGUGUCUCUAGUACUUAUAGGAAGUCCUAUACCGCAUCCCAGUAACAUCGAAAUACCUUUAGGACGUCAUACCUUUCUGUCUAAGCACAAUCUCCACAUGAAAUUCACUUACGCUGACGAGAAGUUGGCUGAGUAUCUGGGUUGGGACAGUGAAGAGCUAAUGGGUCGAUCGUUCUUUGAAUUCUACCACGCACUUGACAAUGCGGUGCUAGACAAGUGUUUCAAAUGCCUGUUCAAUAAGGGCCAGUGCGAGACCGUGGCCUACAGAUUCCUCGGCAAACGGGGUGGUUACGCCUGGGUCGUCACUCAAGCCACCCUCAUCUACUGCUCCAAGCAACAGAAGCCGAACUCCGUCGUCUGCGUCAACUACAUCUUAAGUGGGAUCGAGCACGAAAAUGAGGUGUACAGCGUGCGCCAGCUGACCGCGCGUGACAGCGGCGCCAAUCUCGCCAAGUCGAAGGGAUCGUCGGACUCGGACUGUCAAACGGUGCUGACGAACGACGACGAGAAGAUCGUCCAGGACGACGAAUCCAGGAGCGACGAUCGACCGCUCGCCGUCACCGCGUCGAUCUUCCGUUCGGCGAACGGAAGGAACGACAUCUUGCCCAAGCAGACCCAGGAGAAGACGUCCCUGCGAGUUCCCAAGGAGGUCCCGAAGCCGAUUGACGACUCCCUGAAGGAGAACGACGAGCCGGCAGCGGCAGACCGAUCGGACUGCUGCCGGCCGGCGUUCGCCAGGACACCCUUUUUAUUAGAGGGUAAACCGGCGGUGGAGCGCGAUUCCUCAGACAGCGCCGGACGUCGUGAUCGUCCGCAGGCGGUCACCAAACAUCUGUUCGUACAGCAGCAGCAGGAACAGUCACAGUUAUCGUGUCGACCGCCUCCGCAGACGGCUACAGCGAGUAUCUUCGCGCCUCGCACCGAGGACAUGAACAAGGGCUUCCUGACUUUCAGCGAGGAUCAGCCGGGUCUUACCAUGUUGAAGGACGAGCCGGAGGACCUGACACACCUCGCGCCCACGGCCGGCGACGUAUGCGUGCCUCUCGAGGACCCUCCCUUUCUGUCAGAUAUGCUAGAAGAGUUUAUCCUCGGCAACGACAACUACGGUUGUCCCCUGCUAAGUCCAGGUGACACCCUGACGCCGGAACUGCGGUCCACAGAUCUCUCGGAGUCUCUUAAAGAAGCAGAUUUUAAGUUGAGCACCACCUCCAAGAUCAAGAACACGACCAGUCGUCUAGCCGAUAGUGAUCCCUUCAUGUACGGCGAUUCGCCUGGAAGUCCUUGCGGUAUCGAUCCGAACACCGUGUCGUCGUCCUUAUCAAAAUAUCGACAAAGUCCUGAGCGCAGCAUGGACUCGUUAGGCAGUCCUACAGGAGGUAGCGGCGGGGAUGGGUUUUCCGAGGACGAGAUGCUUAUGUUAGGUAUCAGCGACAGUAUAGGAGACGACGAGAUGGCUCUCAGAGCGCCCUAUAUUCCGAUGUCGGAUCAGGACGAGACGUUAGAGCUGCUCAUCAGUGAUGACAUGGUCAUGUGGGGGUCUCAGUCUUCCGAUAAAGGAUCUUCAAAGUGGCUACUCGACGAUCGAGAGCAGCGAGGAUCCGAAAGCAGUCUGGCGCAACUGUUGCGAACCGAUCAAGCGGUAUCGCGGCGAUACAACGAUCACGGCGGAGGUCUGAUGAAUCCGCUCUUUGGACAGAUACCUAAGAAAAACACAAUCCUCGAGUCCGCUCGAUGGUCCUCCAAUCAGGAACGGACCGACCGUCCUAAUAAUAAGCGCAUCCACUCCGGACUCAACGCGGACUCUGAGAACGAGCACAAGCGUCUCAAGUGCGAGAACUCGCCUUUCGAGCGAGUAAAUUUUGACAGCACCUUGUUGACGAAGCAGCGACCGUCGACGACGUUCUACAAAAAGCCAUCGGGUCUCGACAACACCUGCAACAGCCAGCUUCUGCGCCGCCUCGUAUCACCCCAGAUACCGUGCAUCGUGUCGUCGCACACGACGUCGUCCUUGUCCAUCGACGGCGGCGGUGAACGUCGUCGCGGGGACAACGCUUCCAAGCAACGAGUCCGCGUUCUCAACGACAUCAUCGACAUCGUCGGCACGGAGGGCGAUCACGGGGGAGGAGGCGGAAAUUGCGUUGGCGACGGCCUAAGUAGGAUCGGAGCGACGAGCCGUAAUCGGAAUCCGUCCUGCGGUGGCAGCAGCGUGCUAAUGAAUCUCCUGGUUUCCGGCUGCGAUGAUCCUCUCAUGAAUUCUCGCGUUAUGCCAAUCGUGCUAUCGAGGAACCUGACGACGCCGUUGUCUGUGAACGUUGACAAUCAGCUGAUACCGCAGUGCGCGAACGCGGACAACAUCGUCUCCCUGCCGGAUCAUCUCAGUCCGGACACCAGGAAACAUCUGAUCGGCCCGUUCACCGGAGGCGGCGGCGACGGUGGAGGAUCCACGACGCCCACGACGAUCUCGCCCACGACGUCCGCGAUGGUCUCCUUCGACGGCUUCGACUACGACGGAUCCGCCGCGAGUCUGCUGCAAAUCGGCCCGGAUCUGCUCGGCGGCCUGCUGGACCGAAAUCUGGUAUGAUUCAGCGCAUCGGAGGAGGAUUCCGAUCGGGAGCUGAAUUCUUUCGACACUCGCGAAAAGCCGCGGGCGAAUUUAUUUGGUCCCCUCUGUACAAUAAUAUUUUGCUACAAUUGAUAUUUUUAAGUCCUUGUUGCAGAAUCGAGUUUUCUUGUGUAAUUAAUUACAAAUGCGGGACGUGUCGCGCCUCGAAAUCGAAAGCUGCUUCGGUUGAUAGACUGAAAAAUGAUUUGAAAAAAUGUUUCUGCUGUAGAAUGCGAUUAUAAAGAACGAAGAUCAAUGCUGCUAAUUAAUUAGUUAUUAUGAAGCGUAACAUGUCCUCAUUUCAUUCUAGAACCAAAAUCCCAUUUUAGUUGAGAAGCAAUAUGUACCAAUAUAAACGUAGAAAAAUGGGAGAAAGAUUAGGAUAGGAUUAAGAAAUGUAUUGAGAUACAUAUAUACGUAGGAAAAUUUUAUAAAAAUUCUACUUUUAAUUUUUACUUGUAAAUAGCGCUAACUUUUGUUAUGCAUCGGAUGAUGAUCGGAAGAACGAAGCGUAAUUCGCGUAUCGGAUAUCGAAAAAUGUAUCCAAAUAUGUAAAGGUGAUGCGACUCGAUGAAGCUUAGAUUCAGAUUUAAUUGCUAUUUUUAGAACAAUUUUUUAAAAAUGUGAUUUCUUUAUAAAUAGCCAUCGAUUCGCGUCACUUUAACGUUUGAUUGUUCGAUGUUCGUUUAACAUUCUUCUAUUCUGAAAUUGAUGAGCGAACGCAAAGUGUGCCAAUUGGUCAAGUAUGCCAAUAAACUUUCACGAAUUAGUGUGAAACGAAUUA